GGAAAUGUCGUAUCGUAACUUUUCCAUAGACAUUAAGUAUAAGUGGGCGAUGUUGAUAAAAGCACGUGAUCGGAGCAUUUGUUACGGACCGGUUAUCGGUAAAACAAACGUUUGCAUGUUUGGUUUCGGCGGGUGUAAAGGUAAUGGAGCUCAAGAACUAGCCAGGUCAAACUGGAAUCAGCAGUAGCUGUACUUGUACCUCAAAUCAAAGCGCUGUGCGCUAUUUCAAUAUUUUUGCGAUUCGUGGAAUGAUACUACUGCGCAGGCUAUCUCUAAUAAUCGAGAGUUUUAGCACUUACGAUCAGUAAGUGCUAAAAUAUUCAUAAAAUAGUACAGUCCCAGUUAUUGUGUGUUUGCGACUUAUUGGACUGCUUCUCACCCAAGAGCAAUCACUCUUCUCCAGUCAGAAAUGUCUAAAGGUAUCCAGAAAGGCAAAUUACGAAUAAACAUUUUCAUCAAACGAAAAUCCAGUGAAAGACCGGUGGUGUUCAAAUCAGACGGCAAGCGAUUUCCACAGCCAUUCACCAUUAAACUCAACCAAGAUGAAACAUACGAGAUGAGACUGGUACUGCAGCCGGUAUUUCCUGUCGAGGCGUUCUUACUGCACGAAGAGAAGAUUAAAUUGGAACCGCAAAAGAAUGCCAGCAAAUACCAGGAUGAAGAUAGUCAGAUUACGUACCAAGGUGAAUGGACACCACGAUCCUUUGAGAGGAGUGCCCGCAAAACACGACAUCAACUAAAAUUAUGCGUAGAAUUCAAAGAAUUCGGCAUGAUAUUAGGAAUAAUCCAAUGCAAAUUCUAUCCUGUCGAAGAAACCAGCCACAGUUCCUGGGGCGAAUCUCUGGCGGCGGUGCAGUUUGAAUGCGACGUGUCACCGGAAACCAAAUCUAUUACCAUCAAUAAGCACCAGCUGUUGUAAAAAAGUGCAAAGUGUCGGAAGGCGGCGAAAUAGUUUCACUGAAAAAGAGCUUACUCGAGUAGUAUUUCAGCUGCUCCGAGAUUUGGAAAUUUUUUAUUUUGUAUUCUUGGUUUUGUACUUACGAUUUAAUUUAAUCGAUAGCUACGAGCAGCACUUAGCGGUACAGUAUUACGGUGGAGUUCUCCAUGUCGCACAGUAAGUAACUUCGUCUGUGUUUAGCCUGCGACUACCAAACUAAUGUUUGUAUGCACAUCAAAUGUGUUUUGGUAACUGAAGUAACUAUGGAUAGAACUGUGAAAGUAUAAUAAAUACGAGAUUAUAA